AUGCGCCUCUUAACAAUCAGCUGUGCACUUAUUUGGCUAGGUGCGGUGGAUGCAAAGAACAAAGAUGGCUCACACCCACAAUACGAUUUUGUCAUUGUCGGUGGAGGUACGAGCGGAUUGGUUCUUGCUAAUAGACUUUCAGAGAUGAGGAAUUUCACUGUGGCAGUGAUCGAAGCUGGGGAUUCAGUGCUCAAUAAUGCUAACGUUUCUUCUGUGACGGGCUACGGUCAAUCAUUUGGGACAGAUAUUGACUGGGCCUACCAAACCGAAAACCAAACAUAUGCAGGAGGAUUGAAACAGACUAUGCGUGCUGGAAAAGCCAUCGGUGGUACAAGCACCAUCAACGGGAUGUCCUACACUCGAGCACAAAAAGUACAAAUUGAUACCUGGGAACGAGUCGGAAACAAGGGUUGGAAUUGGAACAACCUUUUCCCAUACUAUAAAAAAUCAGAAGAGUUCCAAGUGCCCACACCAGAUCAAAUUGCUCGUGGCGCUGACUUUUACAUCGCCCAUCAUGGCCAACAUGGCCCACUCAAAGUAGGCUGGCCUCGAGCAAUGACAAACAACAGCCUGUUACCUGGACUCGAUGAGACGUUCAAUCAACUAGGUCUCCCCUACAAUAGGGAUUGCAAUGGUGGUAACAUGGUGGGACUCACGGUUCACCCUAAUACCGUCGACAGUGACGCUGAUGUUCGCCAUGAUGCGGCCAGAGCUUACUACUGGCCCUAUGAGAAUCGCUCCAAUCUCGAGGUUAUGCCACACACUUACGCGAAUAAGAUCAUUUGGGCAAAUGAUUCCAGUGAGGCCAUUGCUAUUGGAGUUGAAGUUACCGGACUCAAGGGGGUUGAGAUAAUAUACGCUUCGAAGGAGGUAAUUCUGUCGGCUGGAUCCCUCAAAUCCCCUGUGCUUCUGGAGCUGUCUGGUAUUGGAAAUCCCGACAUUCUCCGUCGAUUUGAAAUCCCUCUCCAAGUCAACAUCUCCGCCGUUGGUGAGAAUUUGCAAGAUCAGACCAACAAUGGGUUCUCUUAUAGAGGAAACGAGUUUUGGCUCGGUUCCCCGACCUUUUCUGCGCUACCAUCAGCAGAUCAGAUAUUUGGUGAUAAUGUUCUCACUUUUGCAUCUAUUGUCAACUCAAGCCUGGCAGAUUAUGCAAAAAACGUAUCGAAAUACUCCAAUGAUGCAGUCCAGGAAGCCAAUGUUCUGGCUGCUUUCCAGGUUCAGCACGAUCUAAUAUUCAAAUCGCAAGUUCCAUACGCGGAGAUUGUCUUACUUCCUAUUGGAAACACCUUUUCCAGCGAAUACUGGCCUCUUCUUCCUUUUUCGAGAGGAAGUGUUCACAUAAAGUCCAAAAAUGCCUCCCAGCCACCCUCUAUAAACCCAAACUACUUCAUGUUUGGCCAGGAUCUGAAAGCUCAUGCUGAUCUUGCUCGGUAUAUCCGCAAGGCAUUCAAGACCGCUCCGCUGAGCAACCUUGUGGGAGAGGAAUUUGCACCGGGACUGAAGCAUGUUCAGGAAAAUGCGUCAGACUCUACAUGGGAGGACUGGGUUAUGUCAAAAUACAGGUCGAACUUCCAUCCAGUUGGUACUGCCAGCAUGCUGCCUCGAGAUAAAGGCGGCGUUGUCAACUAUGAGCUUAGGGUUUACGGUACUCACAAUGUCCGAGUAGUUGACGCUUCUGUCUUGCCUUUCCAGCUCUGUGGUCAUUUGACAAGCACCCUUUAUGCCGUGGCCGAGAGAGCAUCCGAUCUGAUUAAGAAGCGAUAUAUACUUUGA